AGUAGGGUGCAUCAAGUUGCAGUGCAAAAAUGAAAUAUCUACAUUUCAAUCUGAUUGGGGUUGCUUUUUGUUCGGACACACAUAAAAAUGAUUUGUGCAAAGUUUGGGGGAAAUUACUUGCGAUUUAGAGGUGGAACAAAGCAUGUGAAAAAUACCAAAUGGUCGUUUUUGGUUGAUUUCUUGCGUAACAUGUCAAGGCAGUCUCAAAAACGACAAGAAAUCGAUUUUUAGAACAUUUAUUUUGAAUAGAACAUAGAAGUCACUCUCUGAAACAACCUGUGCUGCAUGUAAUGAUGUGCUUGCUUCUAGAAAUAUUCUUUAUAAAGCAUGCAGAAGCAUGUAUACAAACAUAAAAAAUACCAAGGAACCCGUUCCCCGCUCCCGCAGGCGUAAAACUAUUGUUGUGUCCUUUGGCAAGACACUUCACCCCCCUUGCCUAUAAGUAUGAAAGUAGCGUGAGAGUGAAUGGUUGGUGGUGGGAGGGGCCAAUGGUGCAGUUUGGCAGCCUCGCUUCCGUCAGUUUGCCCCAGGGCAGCUGUGGCUGCAGUAGUAGCUUACCACCACCCAGUAUGGUGUGUGAAUGGGUGAAUCUGAUAUUGCAGUGUGAAGCGCUUUGGGCUCUGUCAGUGCAGUGUAAAAAGCGCUAUAUAAGUGCAGUCCAUUUACAGUCAAACCUGGUCGCUUUGCAUGCAGUUGUUUGUCGCAGUGAUACAGCAAGCACCGCAAGAUCUGGCGACCACUUGGCAGCUUGGCGCCAGUAAUGAUGGCAUCUGCACCGGUGAUGCUGGCGCCCAGACCAAAAACCAGGGUGCGGCUGCUCUGGCGGGGGCUUACUGCUUGAUUCCACUGCGUGCGUCUGAGCUGCGCUCCGCUGCGCUGCGCUCCGGACCGCUCCGCUCAGCUCUGCUCCGUUCUGUCAAACCCCACAGCGUCCGCUUUGCUCCGCUUUGCUCCGCUGCGCCUCUGGUCCGUCAGGCCGGAGAAGCAGAAAAGCGCAUGCGCGAGGAACACAAAAUCUCGCGAUAUGCUGCGAGUACAAAUAAACCGGAACUACAACGGCGCUAUCAUUUCUCGCCCAUUCUGCCUGAUUUCACGGUUAUUUUUGGCUUUACUUCGUUGCUGCUGGACAACAUACUUUCAUCUGUGGAUCAUCAACAAUGAGUGAGUAUGGAGACCACCAGCAAGUUGUAUUUAUCAUUUGUUUAGAUCCGGGAUGCUCAAUCCUGGUCCUGGAGAGCCCCAGCCCUGCUUAUUGCUUAUUUGUGAAAUAGGAGUAGCAUUCUAAAUUUGCUUUUUAUGCCUGUAUGUUUUAGAUCGUAUUUCCAGAAGGAAAUGUUUUGCUCUGGCUUUGGUCAUGGCUAUGGCACAGAGAAGGAAGAGGAGAGGCCGUUUUUGGGUUCACCCCAUUAACCAACAAAGAAGACUCCUCGGGGAUUACUACCAUCUUGUCCAAGAACUGAGACUGGACAGUGAGCGUCAUCACCAGUACUUUCGUAUGUCUGCUGAAAAGAUGGACGAAUUGCUGUCGAUUGUUGGACCAGAUUUGAGGCGCCAGAGCACUACUUACAGGGCAGCCAUCGAACCCAAACAAAGACUUGCUGUUGGUCUGAGAUACUUGGCAUCAGGAGAUUCAUUUGUGAGCCUGGCUUUCAGUUAUCGUCUUGGAGUGACAACAGUACGGAACUCUGUGUUCAUGCUCUGCAAAGCCAUAGAAAAUACAAUGAUGGGCCAGUAUUUACCGCGUCCAACAGAAGAGUCAUGGAGAGAAGUGGCACAGGGAUUUUGGAAAAAAUGGAACUUUCCCAACUGCUUGGGUGCCCUGGACGGCAAACAUAUCGUUAUUGAAAAACCACCACAUUCAGGCAGCAUGUACUUUAACUACAAAAGGACAUUUUCUACGGUACUGCUGGCACUCGUUGAUGCAGACUACAGGUUUCGAGUCAUAAAUGUGGGAGACUACGGACGAUCCAGUGAUGGAGGCAUCUAUGCAGGAUCUGCCCUUGGCAUUGGAAUGGAGCGUGGAACCCUCCAUGUGCCACCCAAUGCCCCUCUCCCUGGUGCUGCUGAUGCAAACCCGAUGCCACAUGUGAUAGUUGCUGAUGCAGCAUUUCCACUGAAGCCUUAUCUGAUGAGGCCAUUCCCUGGAUCACUCUUGGACCAUGACAAGAGGAUCUAUAACUACCGGCUGUCAAGAGCAAGGAUGGUUGUGGAGAAUGCUUUUGGCAUUUUGGCAUCAAGGUGGAGGAUCAUGUAUCGGCGCAUCAAUCUCCUCCCUGAAAAUGUGGACUCUGUUGUGAUUGCAGCAUGUGUUCUGCACAACUUCCUGCUUUGUCCAAGAGACAACCAGCAGCUGCUGGAAGAAUUCCAACAGCAAGGAGGAAGAUUGAGACCUGUGGGCAACAUGGCAGGACAGCGCACAUCCGCUGAAGCAAGGGCUGUCCGGGAGGCUUUUUCUGCCUUUUUCAACUCUCCUGAAGGCAGUGUGUCCUGGCAGGAGAGGAUGAUUUAACUUGGAAUCCAUUCAAAUCCCUCUUGAACAUUGAACUAUUCAUAUGCUUACUGCAACUCUCCUGAACGCAGUGUGUCAUUGCAAGAGAGGAUGAUUUAACUAGAAAUCCAUUCAUAUCCCUCAUGAACAUGGAACUAUUCAUGUUUUUCUAUUUCUUAUUUUUUAAUGUCAUUUUUUUCUA